AUGACAAAGACCCUUCCGAAUGAAGAAUUAGAAGACUGCAGCAAAGUGGGUCUGAACCCUUUCUGCAAACUUAACCCGCCACCAGAUGCUGAAUCUGAUUUUUGGAAAAAGCAAUAUGAUCAUGAAGCUACCAAAAAGGUCAGGGCUGCCAAGAAAGCCGCCAAAAAGACUGCCAAGAAAAAUAAGAAGAAACCAAGUGCUUCCAGUAUGUUUGAACUAAAUGACAGUUCUGAGUCGGAGGAUGACACGGGGGCCAGCCAAGCAGUUGAAGAAGAGGAAGCUUCAUGUUCUUCUUCCGGCGACUCAUCGCAGACCCAGCUGCCAGCUUUCAAAACUGCCCCUGGUGGACAAGCAAAGCCUAGUAAAAAGGCAAGGGUGACCAAGCCGGCUGAAGAUCCGAAAGUCCAUGAGUCGGAGCAGCAAGUCCCAGGAUCAGACGCUUCUGAAAAACAACCGGAAGAACCUGCUCAUGAAGCCCCUCCAGAAAUCCCUGAUCUCUCCCCUGAUCAUACAGAUAUCAAUCCUUUAAACACCGAAUCCUUGAGCCCACUUAAACCGCCAGAAGAACAUGGUGAAGAUAACACCGCUGCUCAACUUCAAUCUCAACUGGAUGAUGCCAAGACCCGGCUCAAGAAUCAAGAAUCUGAGACCCGGAAAGCCGAUUCAAAAUUCCAAUUUAGCAUGGCUGAAAAGGAGAAGCUGAAGACCGAUUUCGAGGCUGAAAGAAACGCCUGGGCUGAAGAGAAAAUGGCUUUGACGCAGCGGGCUAAAAAGGUGGAGGCGGCUCUUCAAGAGGUGACAGCUGAGCUGGCCGGUUUAAAACACCGUGUAUCCCAGAUGGUUUGUGCUAUCUUUGGUAAGCCGCCUCACCAGUAUCAAAAUUGA